AUGGUGAAUCAUCUACCCACUAAAUCAGGUAGGGUUUUAAUGAGCUUAGACAACCUGUAUGACUCCUCAUCAGUUCAAUUGCGAAAUCGUGCGCAUAAUGGUGUUGUGCUUGGAGAUGCAGUGCUGGUGGUGGCAUGUGAUUUUGGAAUCAAGCACAAUAUAUUGAGGCGAUUGGCAAUGUAUGGGUGUAAAAUCACGGUUGUUCCUUCAACAUGGCCAGCAUCUGAGACUCUUAAAAUAAAACCAGAUGGGAUACUUUUCAGCAAUGGACCAGAAGCACCACAACAAGAUGCAACAAGAAGGAGGGGUGGUGUUUUUGAUGUUAUAACGGUAUUAUGGGCUGCCAACUCAGCCACAACAAAAAGCAACACGACCCACACUAUGUGCUCUUAUGUUGUUGAGACAGUGAAGGCUAUUAUGGGAAAUGUUCCUAUUUUUGGAAUUUGCAUGGGACAUCAGUUGCUUGGCCAGGCCUUGGGUGGGAAGACAUAUAAAAUGAAAUUUGGUCAUCAUGGAGGAAAUCAUCAUGUUCGUAACCUCAAAAAUGGAAGUGUUGAGAUUAAUGACCAGUUUUACACCAUACACACAUUUAUAAUUCAACCACACAAAAGACGAACACAAAAAGCACUAUACAAAAAGGUUGGAUCUAGAGAGAGAAAGUCGCUGAAGGAAGCUAUGUCUGUGGUGGAGUCAAGCUCUGCUACUACAGCGGAUCAGAGUAACGUUAAAGGGGUUCUUACACAUGGCGGUCGUUAUGUUCAGUAUAAUGUGUACGGUAAUCUUUUCGAAGUUUCCCGGAAGUAUGUUCCUCCGAUCAGACCUGUUGGUAGAGGCGCUUAUGGAAUCGUUUGUGCUGCAACGAAUGCAGAGACACGUGAAGAAGUUGCCAUAAAGAAAAUUGGGAAUGCUUUUGACAACAGAAUAGAUGCCAAAAGGACUCUAAGAGAAAUUAAGCUUCUUCGUCACAUGGAACAUGAAAAUGUUAUUGCAAUCAAAGACAUCAUACGGCCUCCACAGAAGGAAAACUUCAAUGAUGUUUACAUUGUUUAUGAGUUGAUGGAUACGGAUCUUCAUCAAAUAAUACGCUCCAAUCAACCUCUGGCUGAUGAUCAUUGUCGGUAUUUUCUUUACCAAAUUCUAAGAGGACUGAAGUACGUUCAUUCAGCACACGUGUUGCAUCGUGAUCUAAAACCAAGCAACUUACUUCUGAAUGCAAAUUGUGACCUAAAAAUUGGGGAUUUUGGGCUCGCAAGAACCACUUCAGAAACGGAUUUCAUGACCGAAUAUGUUGUGACUCGAUGGUAUCGCGCCCCUGAAUUGCUCUUAAAUUGUUCCGAGUACACGGCCGCCAUUGACAUCUGGUCCGUUGGCUGCAUCCUCGGUGAGAUCCUCACGCGACAGCCCUUGUUUCCAGGCAAAGAUUAUGUUCAUCAGCUCAGACUUAUCACAGAGCUGAUUGGUUCACCUGAUGAUGCAAGUCUUGGGUUUCUAAGAAGCGAUAAUGCAAGAAGAUAUGUGAGACAACUUCCUCAGUAUCCAAGACAACAAUUCUCUGCAAGAUUCCCAAAUAAAUCCCCUGGAGCUUUAGAUCUGCUUGAAAAGAUGCUUGUAUUUGACCCAAACAGGCGUAUUACAGUUGAUGAGGCGUUAUGUCAUCCGUAUUUGGCACCUCUUCAUGAAAUCAACGAUGAGCCGGUGUGCCCUCAUCCUUUUAGCUUCGACUUUGAGCAGCCUUCAUGCACCGAAGAACACAUCAAAGAGCUUAUUUGGAGGGAGUCUGUCAAAUUCAAUCCUGACCAUCCAAAUCACUGAGAUCUCAUCUCAUCUCUUGUACACCUUACACCAACAAAAUUAUAUGCUAGAAUUGCUCUGUAUUAUCCCUCCUCUCUCCUGUCUCCUCGCAUAAUCUUCUUUAUUACGACAACCGAUACACCAUAAUAAAACAUAAAGGGCUUAUUGGUUUUUUUUUACUUUUCACAUCAUUUUUUUUUUAAAAAACUUUCUGAUUCCAUUUCUUGUAAUAUUCAGUCUUCUUAUGAAAGCCAGAGUUUACCCUCCCUCAUUGCUUCCCCUUCUCAAAUCUCAAUGUUUGAUGACUGCCAGUUACUUGUUGCUUAUUUUUUUUUCUCCUAUUCCUGACCCAAUGUACUAUUGUGACUGCAUAAACUACAACCUUAAAUGCAUCUUGUUUGACCAGCUGUGAAUGAAUGAUAUGUUUGAC